AUGAUGAAGCUGGACCUCAUGCCAGAGCAGCUGGAGAUGGGUGUCAGGGAGAGGUGGGUCUUUGUGCAUGUUGGCAGAGGUGCACAAGGCGUUGCAGUCUGUGAUGACACGUCAGAGAUGCAGAGAGGAGCUCCGGCGGAUGGAGGGGAGCAGCCAGCUGCCUCUGCUUUCCAAGGCAGGCAAACCCUGGCCAGGAUAGUCCGGCUGGUGCUGGUGCUGAGGGACUGGGCCAGCAGGAGCUUGCAUGAAGAACAACAAAGGACAGACCCCUUCCUGGAGCGUUUCCAGGGUCCCCAGCUCCAGACAGUGGCUGCAGGCACAGGCAGUGAUCUGGAGGAUGAAGAGACUGAGGAGGAAAACAAAAAGAAGAAAUGGCAGAUCUUUGUGGUGGACCCUGCAGGGGACUGGUAUUACUGCUGGCUGGCUGUCGUUGCAGUUCCUGUCCUCUAUAACUGGUGCUUGCUCAUAGCCAGGGCUUGCUUCAGUGACCUGCAGAAGACCUACGUUGUCCUCUGGCUGGUGUUAGACUACAUCUCAGACUCCAUCUACGUUGGGGAUAUAGUGAUCCGCCUGCGCACAGGUUUCUUGGAACAGGGCCUCCUGGUUAAGGACCAAAAGAAGUUACGGGACAACUACAUCCACACCUUGCAAUUCAAGCUGGAUGUUCUCUCCAUCCUGCCCACAGACCUGGCAUACUUUGCGGUGGGUUUGCACUGCCCCGAAUUGCGUUUCAACAGGCUGCUGCACUUCUCCCGUAUGUUCGAGUUCUUUGAUAGCACUGAGACCAGAACCAGCCACCCCAACAUCUUCCGCAUCAGCAACUUGGUUCUUUACAUUCUGGUCAUCAUCCACUGGAAUGCCUGCAUUUAUUACGCCAUUUCCAAGGCCAUAGGUUUUGGAGAGGACACCUGGGUCUAUCCCAACAUCACAGACCCUGAAUAUGGGUAUCUGACCCGGGAGUAUGUCUAUUGUCUCUACUGGUCUACGUUGACUUUGACCACCAUUGGAGAGACCCCUCCUCCUGUGCGUGACGAAGAGUACCUCUUUGUGAUCUUUGACUUCCUCAUCGGUGUCCUUAUCUUUGCCACCAUUGUGGGGAACGUGGGAUCCAUGAUAUCCAACAUGAAUGCCACCAGGGCAGAGUUCCAGGCAAAAGUUGAUGCCAUCAAACACUACAUGCAGUUCCGCAAGGUGAGCAAAGACAUGGAAACCAAAGUCAUCAAGUGGUUUGACUACCUCUGGACCAACAAGAAGGCAGUAGACGAACGGGAAGUCCUCAAGAAUCUCCCUGAUAAGUUAAGGGCAGAGAUUGCCAUAAAUGUUCACCUGGAGACGCUGAAGAAGGUGAGGAUUUUCCAGGACUGUGAGGCAGGUCUACUGGUGGAGCUGGUGCUAAAGCUUCGCCCUCAGGUGUUCAGCCCAGGGGAUUACGUUUGCCGAAAAGGAGACAUUGGGAAAGAGAUGUACAUCAUCAAGGAGGGGAAGCUGGCCGUGGUGGCAGAUGAUGGAACAACACAGUAUGCUUUGCUCACUGCAGGAGGCUGCUUUGGCGAGAUCAGCAUCCUCAACAUUAAGGGGAGCAAAAUGGGCAACAGGCGCACAGCCAACAUCCGUAGCUUGGGCUACUCUGACCUCUUCUGCCUGUCAAAGGAAGAUCUUAUGGAAGCAGUCACAGAGUAUCCUGAUGCCAAAAAGGUCUUGGAGGACCGUGGCCGGGAGAUCCUGAUCAAGGAAGGGCUGCUGGAUGAGUCAGCUGCAGAGGAAAACAUAGAAGAGAAGAGUGUGGAGGAGAAGAUGGACAGGCUGGCUUUAAACCUGGACACGCUGCACACCCGCUUUGGCCGGCUUCUGACAGAGUACAGUGAUGCCCAGAUGAAGCUCAAGCAGCGCAUCACUGUUCUGGAGUCCAUGAUGAGGCAGCAGGAUCUGGAGGACUUCUUCUCUGACAGCUCAGACAGCCUGCUUGAGGAUGAGGAGAAAGCUCUACCUGGUGGGAUGCAAUGA